UGCACUCCAUCCCUGGUUGUUCCACGAAAGAAAAAUAACAACUUAUUAUAUUAAAAUAAAUUAAUAAAAAUUAUUAGCGAUGAGCGAGGCUGCGGUUGGUGUAGAGGCGGAGGAGCGUAUGGUGGCCAAUAACAAGAUUCACUUCACCAAGGAAGUGAAACAGGUCAUCGACAAGGUCCUCAAAACGGAGGAUCCCAUGGAUGCGCCGGACUUCAACACCGUGGACUACAUCAACCAGCUGUUCCCCAACGAGCAGUCGCUGGCGGGGAUCGACGAGACCAUCCAGAAGAUGCAGUGCGAGGUGUCGCUGAUUGACGACAACAUCCGAUCCGUGGUUCGUGGCCAGACGAACACUGGCCAAGAUGGCCAGCUGGCACUGUGCGAGGCCCAGAAGGUUAUCAGCUCCCUCUUUAGCCACAUCAUCGACGUGAAGACUCGGGCGGAACGCACCGAGGAGAUGGUCAAGGAGAUAACCCGGGAUAUCAAGCAGCUGGACUGCGCCAAGCGCAAUCUCACCGCUGCAAUCACCACCUUGAAUCACCUGCACAUGCUGGUGGGCGGAAUCGAAAGCCUGAACAAGCUGAUCGAGCGGCGAUCCUAUGGCGAAAUCCUCAAUCCCCUGCAGGCCAUCACCGAGGUUAACCAGCACUUUCAGCAGUUCUCCGACAUUGAGGAAAUCAAGAAUCUCUCGCAAAGUGUGGACAAAAUCCAGGUAACACUGGCGCAGCAAAUCACCGAGGAUUUCAAGGAGGCGUUUGCCGCCAAGCCUUCGGCACAAAACCAACACCGUUUGGGACUCAAUCAACUGGCCGAUGCCUGCAAGGUGAUGUCCGUGUUGGAUCCCAAAGUGAAGAAGGAACUGCUCAAGUGGUUCAUUGCCCAACAGCUGGAGGAGUACACGCACCUGUUCCACGAGAAUCAGGAUAUUGCCUGGCUGGACAAGAUCGACAAGCGUUAUGCCUGGCUUAAGCGGCAUCUGCUGGACUUUGAGGACAAGUAUGGCCCGGUUUUUCCGCUAGACUGGGAAGUCUCCGAGCGCAUUACAGUGGAGUUUUGCCGGCAGACACGUGAGCAGUUGGCACAGAUUAUGUCCAAGCGCACCAACGAGAUCGAUGUGAGACUACUGUUGUUCGCCAUCAACAAGACGCAGGCAUUCGAACAGCUCCUCUCGAAACGCUUCACGGGAGUCACGCUGGGAGCUAAGCCAACGGAGCAAGCAAGGGUGCUCACUGAGCCGUCGGCGACGGACGCUCUUGUGGGCGCGACCGUCUUCCACGAUCAAAUCGGGCAAUGCUUCAAGCCGCACUUGGACAUCUACAUACGAAGCAUCGACCGGAAUCUCUCGGAGCUAAUGGAGAAAUUCGUAGAGAUGUCUCGGGAACCGUACAAGUUUGCCGAGGCCAAGACCACCGUGUAUCCCAGCUCCGGAGAUCUUUUCGUCUUCUACAAGAAGUGCAUGGUGCAGUGCAACCAACUGAGCAACGAGCAGCCCAUGUAUGACCUCGCCCUGGUGUUCAAGAAAUAUUUGCGGGAGUACGCCUCCAAAGUGCUCGAGGGCAGUACACCAAAGCUGGUACCAGCCACCACAGGGAGCUCCAUCGGCAAGAGCGUCUCGUUGUUGACGCGAGACAUGCAGAAUUUGUCUACUGCCGCUGGUCAGGUGUUCCACAACUUUCUCAAGGAGGGAGACACGCAGCGAUUUUCAAGGGAUGACCUCGUGCGCAUCUGCUGUGUUUUGACCACCGGUGAGUACUGUCUGGAGACUGUUCAACAACUGGAGGAUAAACUGAAGGAAAAGGUGACAUCUGCCUAUGUAAGCAAGAUUGAUAUGAGCGAGGAGAAGGACGUUUUUCAUCGCAUUAUAUCCAACUGUAUACAGCUUCUGGUCCAAGAUCUGGAGGCUGGCUGCGAAGCUUCGCUUCAGGCGAUGGCCAAGGUGCAGUGGCAGCACAUCAACAAUGUGGGCGACCAGAGUGCCUUCAUCAGCAGUCUCUGCGGCAACUUCAAGCAGACAGUGCCCACCAUUAGGGACACACUGGCCAGUUCGCGCAAGUACUUCACGCAGUUCUGUCACCGCUUCGUGGCCGCCUUUAUACCGAAGUUCAUCAACGUGCUGUACCGCUGCAAGCUAACCCUUUCGGAUGGAUCCAAUAAUGUGCUGGGCUGCGAGCAGCUCCUGCUGGACACCCAUUCACUGAAGACGGCUCUUCUGGAACUGCCUUCGGUGGGAUCCAGUGUAAAUCGCAAGGCUCCCACCAGCUACACUAAAGUAGUGGUCAAGGACAUGACACGGGCCGAGAUGAUCAUCAAGGUGGUGAUGACGCCAGUCCAACCGCCAGCGCACUUCACCCAGCAAGUACUUAAACUGCUGCCCGACAUCACCAUUGCGGAGUACCAAAAGAUUCUGGACAUGAAGGCCGUCAAGCGGGUAGAUCAGCUGCAACUGAUUGACCUUUUCAAGCACACGGCGUCGGCAGCGGCUGUUAGUGGCUUAAUAGAGGCAACUGUUGGAGACGAAGACACCCAAGGUACAGAAACGGCAGCCACAACCGCCGGAACCACUGACGAUGCCGAACCCUCGACAGGAGCAACUGAUUCCAGUACGACCACGGCAACAACGGCGUCUUCUUCCACACCCAAGCGUGCCUUUAUCUUUAGCGUGGGCAGCUUCACCGGAAGCGCGGACAAGAACGCCGAUGGCAGCUCGCAGACGGGCAUCCGCAAACUAGAGAGCCUAUUGAAGAAGCGCUUCCCCUAGGCGAUAUAUAUCUAUCUAUGCUGAGAAAUCAUUCCAUUGAACUUGCUUUAGUUUGACAAUAUUGUUUAAUGCUUAUUUGCUUAAUUUAUUGAGCCUAUUCGGUUUAAAUGGUGUAAUUAGGUUUGUAGUGACAAAUGACACAUUAGUUCUGUAGUUUUGUAUUAUUUGCAAUCCAUCCACGUAUUUAAAACAUAUUAAUUAAAUAUUAGCCCCUGUGUUUAACAAA